AUGACAGACGCCUACUCCCGAGAAGAACAAAACAACGCCCUCCUCUCCUCUCUCCAGCAAAAAUCCGCCCAACUCAAACACAUCACCCUAAACAUCUACGACAAUGCGCGCGACCAAUCCACCCUCGACAACACGAACGAAGCCUUUCAGAGCAUGGGUACAAACUUAAGAAGUAGUAUGGGGAGGUUGGGGCGGAUGGCGAGGCAGGGAGAUAAGAUUGCGGUGUUUAAGCUUGCGGCGGUGAUUGUGGGGGUUGUGCUUGUUGUGUGGGUUGUUGGUGGGUGGUUGGUGAGGUUGGUUUUUGGGAGGUAG